GCAAUCAUAUUUGCGUCCAUGUCAAAAAAAACCAAACAAAACAAAACAAAAACUGGCAUCCUCCUGCCUCCCAAAGCGCCAGAGCCACGUGAUUCCUAGCCAGCCAGUCAGGGAGGACUUUUCCUGCAGCCAAUCACGUUUCAGCAGGGCACCAGUGGGACCAAUGACGUGGAAUCAUUGGUUACGUGUAUUUGCUUACUCGCCGACACGACCAAUAAGAUAUGAGCUUUGCUGUAAUUAGCCAGUAGCGUAAAGAGAGAGGCUGCGGCACCGCCCACUCGCCCACCGUCUCUUUUGCUAGCUGCCAGCUAGCCGCAGUCGUCGCCAUUGUGAGGCGGGAUGGCGUCCGCCGUCUGCGGCCUUCAGUCCGUCGGCAGGACCGGCAGCGGUAAAGCGCUCAGGGAACAGCGUCGGAAAGCCAGGGAUUCCAAAAGGAGACAGGCGGCCGUGUUCUUCCUCAGCAACAUCUCUCUCGACGGACGGCCGCAGUGUCGCUCGAACCCCGACAACGCGGCUCGAAAAGCCGCCGCGGAACCGCCACGGUCCCCGGCUCCGCUUCGGGCGGCGGAGCCCGCGUCGGUGGCCGGGAGCUCUUCGUCCAGUUUCCCCGGAGUCUUUAUCAGUCCUUCGGUCAGGUCUACGGGGGCCAACGAGGUGUUUCUGGAGGGGGGCGGUGUUGCCGACACUCCGGCCCCGCCGCUGUCCCCGUUGACCGGCGGCCAACAGGCUUUUGUCUCCCGUGGUCGCUCGACCCCCGCGGUGAGCCCUCUGGCCCCCGGACAGUCUCAGGAUUCCCGACCCAGGUUGAGGAACGUUUCCGGUUCUCCUGGACCCAAAGUGCCAAAGAAAGUCUUCUUCAUCAAGAGUAUGAGGCAGUACGACACCCGGGGAUGCAGGAUCCUGCUGAUUUGCGCCAGACGCUCGCUCUACGCCGCUUUCUCGGUGCUGCCCUACGGAGAGAUCGCUCAGCCCAGCGACGCAAAGAUGGAGGCGCAGCGGCGGCAAUCCUCUGUGGCGCCGGCGGACCUGCUUCCUUCGCUGGAGGGCGUGGAGCUGGCCGGCGGCGGCAAAACGGUGUCGUACGCUCAGUUCCUUUACCCGACCAACGCUUUGGUGAGGCAGCGCAGCGGCAGCGCACCGGAAAACUGCAGCGCUCAAACCCCCGUGAUGCGUCUCCGCGGCAACGGGCCGAGGACCUUCACCCCUUCCCGCCUAAACAGCGCCGCGGCAACGCCGCAAGAAGCGCAUGCGGACGAGGUGGCCGAGUACGACCCCGACCUGCUCAGUGACCCCCGCUGGCCCUGCGGGAGACACAAGAGGGUUCUGAUAUUUGCGUCGUAUGUGUCUCGCUCGCAGACGACCGUCAUCGAGUACGUGAAGCCGUCGGACCUGAAGAAGGACAUGAACGAGACCUUCAAGGAGAAGUUCCCUCACAUCCUGCUGACGCUCAGCAAGAUCAGGAGCCUGAAGAGGGAGAUGCGGGCCGUGAGCGAGGACUGCGGCCUGCAGCCCGUCACCGUCGCCAUGGCGUUCGUCUACUUCGAGAAGCUGGUCCUGCAGGGGCGGCUCAACAAGCCCAACAGGAAGUUGGCGGCGGCCGCGUGCGUCCUGCUGGCCGCCAAGAUCAGCAGCGACCUGAGGAAGCCCGAAGUCAAGCAGCUCAUCGACACCGUUGCCGUUGUGGCCUGUUGUCGCCGGGCAGAAACUGGAGGAGCGAUUCCGUAUAAACCGGCGGGACUUGGUUCCUCUGGAGUUCCCCGUGCUGGUCGCCUUGGAGAUGGGACUCUACCUGCCCGAGAGCAAGGUCAUGCCGCACUACCGACGUCUGGUGCAGCAGGGCUAGACGGCGGCGCGCCAUGUACUAGUACACCACCGCUACGACUAAACCGAAUUUCAGAAGCGUUUGUUUGAAAUCCUUGAUAUCCAGUUUUUGUAAAGGACUUUUGUUCUCACUGGUUCAGAACACAAAUCGCUAGUGUGCUACUAGUACUACUACUCACUUUAUGAAAUUCUACGUAUCUCGCACUUCUAGUGGUACUAGUAGCACACAGAUGUCAACUAGUGUCGCAUGUCUGUUACUUUUGACUAGUGUGUGUGUUCCUUUCGGCUCGUCCCUUUCGGGGUCGGCACAGCGUAUGACCUAAAAAAAAAAAAAGUCACAUUUUUGUGACUCAGUAGUAGAAUUCUAGUGAGGUAAAAGAGUGACUAGUACACCCAGUACUAGUCAAGGAAAAUGGAAUAAACGGCGAAUGGCUUUCCGUGUUUUUUUACAAGAUGUCUUUUGAAGCCACCGAUGCAGUCUGAACCCUUUGACUAAAUACCAAACGCACAUCGUGGCUGGCGACUACCGUGUAGCAUUCUUCAAACAUAUUUCAUGGCAGCUCCGUGUGUAUCGCAGGCACGUUUGAUUUCUCAGGAAUUUUGCUUUUGUCGUUAAAUGUGAACGUGCAAGUAAUAAAAGUGCCUCCAACUCCAGUGAAAAAGAAAAUGUUCACUUUUUGUGUUCUGGAUAUUUGUCUCGUGAAAUCACCUUCAAUGUGUCAAAACUGCUGAAAAAUGUUGAAUGUUGGUGGAAAACCAGUCAAAUAAAUCAAUGUUUAUUAUUGUGUGAACGAUUAAAAUAUGUAAAGCCUUU